AUGUUUGAACAAUUCACUCCCUUCGACAUCUCCGUCGAACAAGACGUAACCAUCCACGGCAUCCACGGCGGCUCCGGUCCAGCACUUCUUCUACUCCACGGCUUCCCUCAAACACACCACAUCUGGCACUGUGUCGCCGACGAACUGACCAAAUCCUACUAUGUCGUCGCCAUAGAUCUACGCGGGUACGGCCGCUCAUCCAAACCGGACGGUGGAGAGGGCCAUGUACAAUACGGCAAGAAAGCAAUGGCUCAAGACGCGGUGCGAGUUAUGGACGAAUUACUCAAACGUCGUGAUGGUAACGACAGCUCAUUCUACAUCUGUGCCCACGACAGAGGCGCAAGGGUUACUCAUCGUCUAUGCGUGGAUUACCCCCAUCUCGUGAAAAAGGUAAUCCUCCUCGACAUCUGUCCCACACUCGCCAUGUAUACACAAACAACGCAGGAAUUCGCACAGUCUUAUUUCCACUGGUUCUUCCUCAUUCAGCAAUCACCAUUACCCGAGAUCUCAAUCUUGACAAACCCGCAAGUAUGGGUGGAGAGUUUUAUGGGUGGACGGUACGCGGGACUAGCCCCGUUUGAAGAAGAAUGUCUAAAGGAGUACAAAGCCAAUUUGGCUGAUUAUGAGACUGUGCAUGCUAUGUGUGAGGAUUAUAGGGCUUCGGCGAGUGUUGAUUUACGGGAAGCGGAGGAGGAUGUUGCGGAAGGGAAAUGUUUUGAUCCGUUGGAGGAGUGGAGGAAGGUUUCAAGUCAGAGUGUUGAUGGGAAGGCGGUUGAUUCGGGGCAUUAUAUUCCUGAGGAGAGGCCGGAGGAGGUUAUUGCCAAUGUGUUGGAGUUUUUUAAAUAG